GAAUGGCAGUCCAGACCAAAUACAGCAGAUGACACUCCUAUGAAUAGAAAUAUUAAAAAGACAAGAAGAAGAACGUGUGUGGGGAAGUGGUGAAUUUUUGAAUAAAAUCGCCUACUGUGCGAUAUAUUUGGAACAUGAACACCGCAGAGCGCAAGAACCAAAGCAGUCAGCCGCAUAAGAACAAUGAAUCCCACUCUGAAGAUUAUGUUCUUCAGGUACAUAUGCCAAACAAGAGUUUUAAAUCAAUAGUCUUCAAUAGAGAUGAAACAGUUUUCCACAUUAUACGAAAAACUGUCGAAGAGUUUGGGAAAGAUGGACAACCACCUCCCAGCAUUCAGAGAUAUGCGUGUCGAAUGUUGAACGUAAUAACGAAAGAAGUACUAUGGUUAGCAAGAACAACGUCGAUGGACAAGGUUUUGUCUCACAUUCUGUCACCUGGCUGCUCGAAUGUCGAUUGUCCAAACAACGAUCCCAUAAAAGCUGAGCUUGCUGAACACAAAGAUACUCAUCAAGGUCGAAGAGCUGUUACCACAGGAGUGUGGCGUGUCGAGUUACGCGUGCGAUAUGUGCCCCAUAAAAUUCAAGAAUUAUUCGACGAAGAUAAAACGACUUGCUUCUAUUUCUUUGAUCAGGUAAAAGACGAUUAUAUUCAAUCGAAUAUAUCUGGUAUCGAUGCCGAUGUAGCAGUUCAACUAUGCUGUUUGGGUAUACGGCAUUACUUCAAGAACAUAACGUUAAAAGCGCCAGAUAAAAAACAGCAUAUUGAUUACAUUGAGAAGGAAAUUGGAUUCAAAUGUUUUAUUCCGCAAUCUGUGAUAAGCACAACAAAGCCAAAGAAUCUGAAGAAGAUGAUACAGGUCGGAUACAAAAAGGUCUACAACUAUAAUGACAUUGAAUAUUUGACAAAGUUCUUCGAUCUUCUUAAAAACUUUUUCAUAACCGAUUUCGAACAAUUUUCUGUCACCUUGAGCUCCGCCUGGAAUAUAUCUGGAAUUCUGCAUGUUGGUCCGCAUAUUGGAAUCUCUUACCAGACACAUCCACAAGCCAGCUUAAGGAAUGUUGCACAAUUCAAAGAUGUGGUAGCUAUUAAAACCUGCGCUCUUCCAAAGGAAAAAUCAUCUAACGAACUCGAGUUACAAAAUUUGAAAUGCAAUUGUCAAAAGAUCAAGACUCAAAUCAAAAUAUCUGCAUCAAAUAUUACGGAAGAUUUGAUCAUAACAUGCAAUGGAGUUAAUACCGCUGAAAGUAUUGCCGAUCUUAUUGAUGGAUAUUGCAGGCUAUUAUCGAAAGAUCUAGGAUUUACAGUUUGGGAACGCGAAACGAACAUUGUGAAAAGUGCAACGAAGUCACCAAAUCCUGCACAAGAUGAUCUUGAUUCGUCAUCCCCUGCUAAAACUAAACCCAUGCUUACAGAUGAUUAUGCUGAAAUUGGUUUAUUGGAAGGCGAAGGAGAUUACUCCACUCCCACUGUGCGCAAUUAUGAAUUGGAUCGAUCUCAAAUAGUUCUAAGCGCUAAAAUUGGCGUGGGACAGUUUGGAGACGUCUACGUUGGCACAUAUACAGUUCCAAUAUCAGCUAAAGCUAAAAAUAAAAGAUCCGAACGUGCUCAGAAUAGUAGCGAUGCCAAAUAUACUGUAAUGCAAGUUGCUGUAAAGACAUGUAAAGCAAACGAGGAUCCAGAAAAGACAGAGAAUUUCCUUGCCGAAGCAUAUAUAAUGCAAAAGUUCCAUCAUCCACACAUUAUUCGAUUGAUUGGUAUUUGCAGUGUAAUGCCCAUUUGGAUUGUAAUGGAAUUGGCUCAGCUUGGUGAGCUGCGUGCGUACUUAAAAGCGAACAGCGAGAGGUUAACUCAUGGAACUUUGCUUCAAUACUGUUAUCAGUUGUCAACGGCGCUUAGCUAUUUGGAAUCAAAGAAAUUUGUUCAUCGAGAUAUUGCAGCUAGGAAUGUGCUUGUGAGCAGUCCUACUUGUGUUAAGCUGGCUGAUUUUGGUUUAUCUCGAUGGGUUUCGGAUCAGUCCUAUUAUCACUCAACACCCACAGUUGCACUGCCUAUUAAAUGGAUGUCGCCCGAGUCGAUCAACUUUCGAAGAUUCACAACAGCUAGUGACGUUUGGAUGUUUGGUGUUUGCAUUUGGGAAAUUCUUAUGCUGGGCGUUAAACCGUUUCAAGGCGUUAAGAACAGUGAUGUAAUCACGAAGCUCGAAAAUGGAGAGAGGCUACCAUUGCCACCCAACUGUCCACCCAGAUUAUACUCACUUAUGUCUCAAUGUUGGGCAUAUGAACCGCUAAAAAGACCAAAUUUCAAACGGAUAAAAGAAACUCUUGAAGAAAUAUUAUCAGAAGACGAUAUGAACUCAACGGAGACGCUGAGGCGUGAGAAUCGUCGUCUUGCAGGAGUUUCUUGGAUUGGCAACGAAGACAGCGAUAUUCCACCAUUGAAACCAUCUCGAACAGUAAAUGAUACUGAUCUUCCUAGCAUGUUAAAUACGUCGGAUGAGAACAAAAGUGUGGCGCAGACCUAUAUCAUUGCCCAAAAUCCAGCAGUUCUUGCCAGAUUAAUGAUGGAAAAUCAAAAGCGCGGCAUUAAUCCUGCAGCAUACACUACACCCGCUUCGGUAUUUAAUACUUUAGCCGUAGGCAUAGAUUCCAGUACAUCGAAUCAUUCGCUUAAAACUACUAAACUCCCCGCAGCGGAGCUCUUCAAACUCGAUCCUGUCGUUGAUCCAAAAGUUCAAAACAAAUUUCCAACUAACAGCAACUCUUCCCAAAACCUUUAUCCAUCUCCAUCUGUCAUAAGUUCACUUGACUCCACCCACAUGCCGUCAUAUUUACCCCCUACGAACAUUAGGCCUCAGCAGGUAUCAGGAUUUAUGUCAGAGAAUUUGCCACUUAAAAAUAAUUUUAUAAUAAGUGCACCGCACACGGAUAAUGACUUUCACGCGAAUCAGACGCAGACGGACAGCAAAUGUGGUAACCCAGCGGCUAGAGUCUCAGGUUAUAGUCUUUAUGGAAGUCUUGAAAGGCAUCAGCCACAAAUGGAUAAGCCUAUGCAUUCAAAGGGCGGCAGCCUGGAGCGCCAUCAAUCAUUAAUGACGGCACAGAACUUAGUCUUUCAUAAACCAGGCACGAGUUACUCUGACCGUUCCAGAAGCAUUGAACGCAAGAGUCAUUUCAAUGCCUAUCGCCAACAAAUGAAAACGUCAAUUGAAUGCGACGCUCUGCCAGAGGAAAUCUAUGACUUUGGCGGUGUUGGCCUCAAGACUUGUGUAUCUGUUAAACAAAAGAACGAUUCAACAUCCUUAACACAUGCACCGCCAAACCAUUCUACCCAAAUAGGACAAGAUUACAAAAGUCCAGGGCAGUGCUUCGCUGGAAAUCAAAAUAUUUUAUGCAGCGAAAAUUUAACAAGCGAUGCACAUGAAAAUCCUGGAGAGCCACAAUGGACGACGCAUUCUUAUCCACUUCAGGUUGAACUCAAUAACGAUAAUUUGGAAGGAGCAGCUUGUAUUCAAAUGAAUUCUGAAGUGGGAAAUCAGACAAUUCCUAAUCCAAUUGUGGAUAAGCUAUGGCAACAGCGAAAAGACAGUAACAGCGAUGGUGAAUGGCUGUAUCAGGAGGAAAUGGUGAGAAAGCGAUCUAGUCCAAUAACAUCCGGAGUUGAUACAGAUAUUGGAAAACAUCGAUCUUACCAGCCUGACAUGAUAUUUGAGAGCACAACGGGAUCUUUAGAUUCUGCAAACUCCAAGACAAGGCCAAAAUUACCAAAUACCGUUUCUCUCAAGUUAAAUAACUCGCCAUCUGAUCACAUGGUAUCUCAGGCAGCAGAAGACAGCACAAAGUUAAGAAACAACGAGCAUCGUGAAUCGUUACGGCCAAUAAAUAGAGCAAAUGAUGAGAUUUACUGUGCUACAACAGCAGUUGUCAAAUCAAUUAUGGUACUUUCACAAGGUGUAGAAAAAGCGCAUGUCGAUGGUUACUUAAAUUUGGUUAAAAAUGUGGGUGUGGAGCUUCGAAACCUAUUGAAAUCGGUGGAUAAUAUUUCUAUAUUCUUUCCGGCUCAAGCCCAAAAAGAAGUCGAGAUGGCGCACAAAGUUCUCUCAAAAGACAUGCAGGAGUUGGUUUCUGCAAUGCGAUUAGCGCUUCAAUACAAUGAUACUACUUUGGACAGUGAAUAUCGAAAGAGUAUGUUAUCUGCAGCACAUAUCUUGGCCAUGGAUGCGAAGAAUCUUUUUGAUGUUGUCGAUUCAAUAAGGAAUCGAUAUCAAACUUUUGCAAUUCCCAACAGAAAAGCAUCAAGUGGAUCAUUGAGUUGUGAAACCAGUCAAUCGCCUGGCGACAACGGUUCUGCCUCAUCAUCUCUUUCUAUUGGUGUCGAACCGUUAAAGUCCAUGGCUGACAUAAGUCUGUACGACAAUGAAAACUUACACCAAAGCUACAACGCACAACAUUUACAAACAUCUAGCUGCAGUGGCAGCAUUAUUGAUGGCAACAGUCAGGGCAGCUUACACAUUGAACAUGAACUUAAUCAUGAUGGGCGCUCCAAUGAGCCCUUGAAAAUCAUAGAAGACACAUUAAAUAAUCCAGCCGAGCAUAUGUAUUGCAACACAUCCACCGUACAUGGCCACGCAUAAAUAAUUAGAUUGCUAAUCCUAUUACUUCAUAUUAAUAUAUCUUGAAUCUUAAGUCUACAGAUAGUAUAUGCUAACAUUCUGUGUAUAUAGGAAACCAAAAUACGUAUGUACAUAUGUUUUUUUCACAAAAGCGGAAUUCAUCUCAAGAACUCAUAACACACAUAACAUUAAUAACAUAAAUAUCGCAUGUUCAUAAAAAUAUGACGAACACUCAACGUCGGCCGGCCGUCAAGUAGUCAAAAAUACAUUAAGGUACUAAAUAUGUUUAUAUAACUCAAAAAAUAUUAAUAAAUAAAUACGAAAAACAUUCGACUAAACGA